CCAAAGAUAUCUGGUAUCUUUGCCCGGAACCGGCUUCACGUGACCUUAGCACAUGACUGCUGGGCCGCCCGGGCGCCUGACGGUGAAGGCGGAGAGACUUGGAGAGAGAGAGAGAUGACUCCUCUUGUGGUUUUGAUUCUGGUAGUUCAAGUCUUUAUUGCUGAGUCUGCACCAGCUAAAGAUGAGAUUAUGUACCUCCCAGGCCUGGCCAAACAACCCAGUUUCAGGCAGUACUCUGGGUACCUGAAUACAUCUGAAAAUAAAUAUCUCCACUACUGGUUUGUUGAAUCUCAGGGGAAUCCUAAAAGAGACCCAGUGGUGCUGUGGUUGAAUGGAGGCCCGGGCUGCAGCUCGCUGGAUGGGCUUCUAAAUGAGCAUGGUCCCUUCUUGAUCCAACCUGAUGGGAAGACACUUCAAUAUAAUCCUUACUCCUGGAACUUGAUUGCAAAUAUGCUGUACCUUGAGUCACCAGCAGGGGUUGGAUUUUCCUACGACGAUGACCAGCAGUACCGAACCAAUGAUACUGAGGUUUCAUUCAAUAAUUACCUCGCAGUGAAGAAAUUCUUCCAGCUUUUCCCAGAAUACAAGACGAAUGCAUUCUAUAUUACUGGAGAGAGUUACGGAGGAAUCUACGUACCAACACUCGCAGAGCGUGUGAUGACUGACAGGAACAUUAAUUUUAAGGGGAUGGCUGUUGGAAAUGGAUUAUCUAGCUGGGAGUUCAAUGACAAUUCUUUAGUGUACUUUGCAUAUUACCAUGGGCUGUUGAAAUCCUCGCUUUGGUUGGAUCUCCAGAAGUUCUGCUGUUCUGUGGGAACAUGCAACUUUCAUAAUAAUAAAGAUAAGAACUGUAUGUUAAAGGUUAAAGAAGUGUUUCAAAUUGUAUGGUACUCGGGUCUGAAUGUAUACAACCUGUAUGCUGAUUGUAUUGGUGGAGUCCCAGGCACAUUCCGCUUUGAUGAAAAUCAGAAGCAACUGGUUUUAUAUGAUUUGGGAACUCUGUUUGUCAAAAAUGAAAUGAGUCUUAUGUGGAAGAAGAAAAUUCACGACAUGUAUCAGAACGACAGGAACGUUCGAUUGGACCCCCCGUGCACCAACACAACUGCCUGCUCCAACUACUUGAAUAGCCCAAAAGUACGAAAUGCUCUGCACAUUCCACCCUCUGUGCAGAAAUGGGAGAUGUGCAGUAUGAAAGUGAAUCUGAAUUAUCGAACUCUCUACAGUGAUAUGAAGGAUCAAUACCUGAAACUAUUGGCUGCCAGGCAAUACCAGAUCCUUGUGUAUAACGGAGAUGUGGACAUGGCAUAUAACUUCAUGGGAGAUGAGUGGUUUGUGAAUUCACUUCAGCAGAAGGACCAGGUGAAUCGUCGGACGUGGCUGUACAAAGAUGAAAAUGGUGAUCAGGUGGGAGGGUUCGUCAAGGAAUUUGACAAUCUUGCUUUCCUGACUAUAAAGGGAGCGGGACACAUGGUGCCAUCGGACAAACCAAAAGCUGCCUUCACGUUCUUCAGCCGCUUUUUGCACAAGGAGCCAUACUGAGACAACGGACAAGAAUUCUGCACAAAGUGUAAACAAAUAUUAAGGUAGCAUUUCUGGACAUGUGUGCACUCAAGCAGGGAGUGGGUUUGUAGUGGGUUCUGAGGCGGUAUCUUAAAGGAUUGGGCAGUGAGCAGUUUCUGAAAUGUCAGCUUCACGCCAGGGAAAAUUACUCCCUCUAAACACACUCCUUCACUUCAUACACAUGUUCAAGCAUUAUUUACCCAAGAUAAGCUUGGGCUACAUUAAUUAAUGAUGGCUUUAUUCUUUAAAAUGGCAGAAACAAGAUUUAAAUCAUUUCCAGACUAUCUCUCAAUAGGGACAAUCCGCCUCUGCCUGGCUGCACAUUAACUGCCUGGCCAGGCCUUUCCUGUCUCCGUGAUAUUAAUUAGUUCUCUUAAAUUCACAACAGGACCAUUACAGCUCACCUUCCAACCAUUCGCACUACUGUCAGUAAGAAUAUUCAUAACGUUAUCUCGUGUGGAAAGUCUCUACAAAUAAAUAAGCACUCCUGGGCUGCACCUUGCAAUUAUUGGCACUCUUGAGACUGACUGAUCUGCAAUUAUCAGAUUCAGAUUCCGGAUUCAAUGUUAAUUGUCAUUGUCAGUGUACAGUACAGAGACAACGAAAUGCAUUUAGCAUCUCCCUUGAAGAGCGACAUAGCAAACGAUUUGAAGCGUUUGCUAUGUCGCUCUUCAAGGGAGAUGCUAAAUGCAUUUCGUUGUCUCUGUACUGUACACUGGAUAUAUCAGUGUUAGAAGAGAAACAUAUGGAUACAUGUAUGGAAACUGACCUCCGUGCAAUCAACCACUCCUAAAUUUAUUUAUCUUGGAUUCCAGUUCAAAAACUCAAAUGAUAAUUUUUAACCAUGAGAAUUACAAUUCCAAACGUGUUCUAGGGAAUGAAUGAAACUGGCAAUUCAAAUAAACUGCAAGCUCCUCCGUUCUAUAGCAAUUUAGCAGAUUUUUAGCAAAAGUGCAAAUUUGAUGUAUGUAAAGGAAAACAAACUCAUGUCAACUUCAUACGGCUUGUGCAACUAAACUUUGUUUACCAUUUGAAUAAUUUACACUGUGUUCUUCAAUAUCUCUCGCAAAUCUAGAACAGCAAGGUUCACGGAUAAACCUAUCUAAAUUUUCACUGUUUGUGCAUUGUAGCAUUUCUUGUACACAGUACAGGUACUUGUAUUUUUCCAGUAAAGGGGGAGAAAUUGUACAUUAGCUUUUGCCAACACAUUUACAAAGUUGAAUACACACCGAGGUUAUGAUUUGAAAUUCAUUGUUUGAAAGAAUAAUGUAGAUUUCUGUGGGAAGGAUAACUGUGAUUGAUAUAAGAUAUGCUUUGUAAUAGAUUAGUGACUUAAAAGAUAUGUGCACUAUUUAGUUUCAAAUGUAGUAAUUUUAAUAAAAAAUGUUCCGUUGAGUAUCUGGUUUCUUAAAGAAAGGGAUGAUUUAUGAUGGACUUGUUUAGGCUUUGCUCCAACCAGAAGCUUUGACUCAUCAACUUUAUGUUUUCUCUACCACACUUGUUGUAUAACCUUUUCAUUGUAACACUUUUAAAUCCUGCCUGUUUAGCUCCCUGUUCUCAGUUUUCUCUUCUAACACUGAUAUAUCCAGCGACAGAAAGUGGACUAAAAUAGCUUGGAAUGGCUCUAACUUGGAGCAGCAGACGUGACAAUAAAUGGCUCUACCAUAAGAGGAAAAAAUGAAUGCAAUUGCCAAAACAUUAGAAACAUUGAAAAUAUUUAGUAACAACCUGCACUUUCACGCUUAAUCCAUUGUGUCUAAGCACUACCCACUAUAUUUCAUCAAAUUAGACCGUACUUUCAUAUUUGUAAAAGCAAGAGAACUUUUGUACUAUUUUCCCUCUGACUUCAGCACUUUGCACUGCAAAAAUGUUCUUUAUUGGUUCAGUCACUAUUGUGAAAUGUUGGAAAAUAUAUAAAGAUCAGCAAACGAAAAUUCACCUGUUAAAUUGCAUGAUGGGUUUAAUUGAAGGGGGACAAUGGACAGGUGCCCGAACCUCUUUAACAAAUGCAUUUGGAUUUUUAUGUACACCUGAUGAUUCUGAUGAUUCUUGGCUUAAUGCUAAUGCAAAUAAAUGAAUUUUAUUUUGUUUGUA